AUGGACAAUUUUACAAUAUUAGAUUCGGUUUCAGAAUUAGCUUUGGAAAGUGAAAAAAUCAGCAGCCAAUUAGCGCAUUUUGAUAAGACAAGAAAACAAAUGACUCAAAGCCAAGACUUUGAAAUUUCGCCUUGGUCAGGCGUCUAUGAUAUCUUGCAAAGCAUAGAAAGGGACAACGCUCUACAGGGUGAACCAAAAGGAAAAGCGGAAAAGCAAGCCCAAUUAAUUGAGACUCCCAAGAUAGAUCUAGAGAGGAUUAGCCGAGUUAUUUAUUCAGUAAGGAGAAAUAAGCAUAAUAAAAUCCUUUCUCCGAUCUCUACUAAUCCUAAAAGGGAGAAUAAAAAAUUAGGUGAAAGAGCUAUUUUUCGCCAUGCUUUGGAUGUAAGGAAAGGCUUUAACUACGAAGAAAUUAGCCAAGAGUACCCUUCAAUGCUGAUGACCCCUGAUUCUAUGUCUACAGAUAACAGCUCGGGCCCUAUAAAAUCCAAAUUUGAGCUUAAGCGGCGAUCUCAUAUGUCGCUGACUCAAAAAGUCCUUGAAGUUCCAAGAAUCAGUUCUUUUACUGAUAUAAAUUCCUACCACCAAAGAUUGCCAGCUCUCCACGAAUUUCAGCCUCUCAAAAAUAUUGAAAAUACUCCUAAAAUGAGUAAUUUACUGAAAAUCAUAUCAAGCCCUACAGAAACCAAAAUACACAUAUCAACAACUAAGUCUGAGCAUCUAGCAGCUCAAGCACCUAAAAAAUGCGUCAAAACCCCUACUCCCAGACUUCAUGUAGAAAAAAGUAAAUUCCUAUCUAAACAAAACAUCAUCCUAAACAUCCAAGAGCCUAAAAACAGCAUGAGAGCCCUGCCUAUAGUAAAAACAAAAUUUUUCAAGCUCUAG